CUGAGAAACCACAAACGUAUGUGUGUGUGGGGUGUGUGUGUGUGUGUGUGUGUGUGUGCUCCACAGCAGCACACGCGCCAUGACUGUGAGUCCUUGUGUGCCGCGCACAGUGCGAGCCCAGUUUAAAGCAAGCCUUUGAUUACCAUAGACCCGCCCAGUGGUUAUCCAGUUACCGGCCCCUUUACCGCCAUUGGCUGCCCCCAGCUAAUUAUGCAAGGUAGUGAAUCCCCAUGGGGGAGGUGUGGCCAAAAGUGAAAGGACUCCUUUGGCAGUCAGAAUAGAGCUUUUAUUGAGGAUAUCUCAAAGCUCACCAUCAGGGACCAAAUCGAGGGAUUGUUGAGGAAAUCUGUGCUGCUGCUGCUGCUCUUUCAUUCCUUCCCCACAGCCACAGCAGCGAGCAGAAUGCAAGGAAUCCACAGUAUUCCUCACCCUGGGAGACCUGCUGAAGUGUGAGGACCCGGACGGCCGUGCUUGGCACUCCUGGAUUCAGGUGUGCGCCACCUCUCUCUCCUCCUUCCUUACGACUUUCCUGCCUUCCUUCUUCCCUCCCUCCCACUGGGCUGCCUGCUGUGGGCUCCAUCCCCAGGCAGGGUGUCUGAGGCCAUGGUGCUGCUCUCCCUGCUGCCCUGCCUCUGCACCCUGCUUUCCCUGGACCUGCUGCCUGGGGCGGAGGCCGCUGUGCCGCUGGAGGACUUCUACCCCUUUGGUCUGGACCAUGGAGACUCUCAGACCGUAGCCCAGGACGACGGGGGAUCUGGUCUUGUGGAGAUCUCUGUGGCGUUCCCCUUCUUUGGAGACCGGCACACGGGGCUCUAUGUGAACAACAACGGCUUGGUCUCAUUCCUGAGGGAGGUGUCUCAAUUCACACCUGUGGCUUUCCCCAUCGCCGGAGACAGGAGGGCGGUGGCGCCAUUCUGGGCCGAUGUGGACAACCGACGGGCGGGUCGGGUCUUCUACAGGGAGAGCCGGGAGCCGUCCAUCCUGAGCAGAGCCGCCGGCGAUGUCAAGAUGUACUUUUCAGACUUCCCCGACUUCAACGCAACCUGGGUCCUCAUCUCCACCUGGCACCAAGUCACCUUCUUUGGCGGCAGCCCUGUCACACCGGUAAACACUUUCCAAGUGGUUCUCAUCACAGAUGGAGAGCGUUCCUUUACCAUAUUCCAGUACAACAACAUCACCUGGACCACCGGAAUGCACGCUAGCAGUGGCGGAAACCCAGCAGGCCUGGGAGGUAUCGCAGCACAGGCAGGCUUCAACGCCGGUGACGGCAAGCGCUACUUCAACAUCCCCGGCUCCCGCACGGCCGAUGUGGUGAACGUGGAGGGAACCACCAACGUGGGAUACCCGGGCCGAUGGGUGUUUCGCAUUGAUGACGCCAACGUGGAGGUGGGCGGUUGCAACAACUCAGCGUCGGUGUGCCCGCACCUGCGACCGUGUCUGAAUGGUGGGCAGUGCAUCGAUGACUGUAUCACGGGGAACCCCUCCUUCACCUGCUCCUGCUUGUCAGGGUUCACUGGCAGACGUUGUCACAUCAAUGUCAACGAGUGUGCCUCAUUUCCGUGCAAGAAUGGAGGAACCUGUGAAGACCAGAUUAAUAGUUUCACCUGUCGCUGUCCACCUGGAUACACUGGGACUGUGUGUGAAACAGACGUUGACGAGUGCAGAGACGGGCCCUGUCUCAACGACGGGCUGUGUGUGCAAGGCAGCGGCAAUUUCACCUGCGUCUGCAAGCCCGGUUACACCGGCGUCCUGUGUGAGACAGCUGUCAACAAGUGUGAGUCGCAGCCCUGCUUGAACGGCGGGGAGUGCGUCAAUCACGCCAUGAACUUCACCUGCCUUUGUCCCGCCCCUUUCACUGGCGUCGUCUGCGAGUCAGAGCUGAUGGAGCUUCAGGUCAACUCGACCAAAAACCAAACAGCGCCGUGCGACGGCGAGGACUGCAAGAACCACCAGAUGUGCGAGUACACCAGCUCGGGAGCGUACCAGUGUACAUGCGCGCCAGGAUACUUUGGCGACACGUGCGAAGAGGAGUGUCUGUGCCAGAAUGGCGGCGUCUGCGUGGACAGCAACGGGACGUGUGAAUGCCCCGUAUCCUACACGGGCCUCUACUGUCAGUUUGAGGUGACCCAGUUGCCGUGCGGUGGCAACAGGCUGUGUCCUGACGGAGGUCCAUGUUUAGAGUAUGGAGGAGCGUACCUGUGCACUUGUCAGACCAGCGCAUCAGAACUGGACCCCCGGGACUUUUAUCCUUAUGUACAGCCCCGAUCGGUCUGCGACUCGGCUCCGUGUCUCAACGGCGGCUACUGCUACGAGCGGGACGGCGGCUACACAUGCGAGUGCACGCACGGCCACUGGGGGAAGCACUGCGAGAAAGUCCGACUCAACACGUGUGCCUCGGGCCCGUGCCGCAACGGCGGCUCGUGCAAAGAGGAGUCAGGCAACUACAGAUGCGUGUGUCCUUACCGAUUCACCGGCAAGCACUGCGAAGUGGGCAAGCCCGACCCGUGUUCCUCCAGCCCGUGCGUGAACGGCGGAACCUGCUUUCACUACAUCGGAAAGUACAAAUGCGAAUGCACAGAUGUCUUCACUGGCAGGCACUGUGAGAUCAGCAAGAGCUCAGCACACGAAGAGUCCGGCUGUGGGACACCCCCGCAGGUGAAGCAUGCCGAGGUCCAGUUCUCCUCCACGACCUCAGGCUCGGUCGCCAUUUACGUGUGCCAGGCGGGCUACGUGGCGGUGCCCAGAGCCACUCAGAGCAUCUGUGGCAUCCAGGGAGACUGGAGUCAGCCGCCCAUCUGUGAGGAGCUGAAUGAGUGCUUGUCACAGCCGUGCCUUAACGGCGGGACGUGCCACGACCUGGAGGCUUCUUACCUCUGUGAGUGUGAGGACGGCUUCAGAGGGAAACAGUGUCAUAUCGAUAUCAACGAAUGCCUGUCGGACCCCUGCAAGAACGGUGGAACGUGCGAGGACCAACCGGGCUUCUACUUGUGUCAUUGUCCACCAGGCGUCAAAGGACGUAACUGCCAAAAAGAGCAGGACAGCUGCGAGUCCAACCCCUGCCUUAAUGGAGGUGUGUGUCGGGACUACAGGAGGACUUAUGUAUGCUCGUGCAAAGACGGCUUCUUCGGGGACCAGUGCCAGAUGUUGGAGGAUCCCUGUGUUCUGCAUCCUUGUGGGAACCGAGGAGACUGCAGGAGCGACAGGAGAGGCAACUACAAUUGUGUUUGCAGAGCAGGGCACACUGGAAAAGACUGUGAGAAAGAUCUGCUGCCCCCUUCUGGUCUCCAUGUGCUGCGCGUGGAGGAAAACGAGGUGGAGCUACACUGGGACAGGACGGAGGCUGCGCCGAGCCCGGUCAGCGGCUUCGUGGUCACGUACGCUCCGCAGGGUCGCAGCAAUCGCAAAGUGGACUUCCUGGACAGACACCAGUCGUCCCACGUCCUGCGAGGCCUUGUGCCGGGCCUGCUGUACAACAUCUCCACCUACUCCAUCAAACGCAACACCAACACCGAUGACGUCAGCCAGCCCGCCACGGCGCUCAUACGCACCAGGCCUCGGCGGGCAGAGCAGCUGCAGGUGGUGAACGUGUCGUCCUCUCAGGUGUGGCUGCGGUGGCUUCUCAAGGCGGCUCGUCACACACCCCUCAGCAGGGUUCGCCUCACUCUGUCACACUCAAAUGGUAGUGAGGCUCACUCGGCCGUGCUCAACGCCACCACCAGCGAGUAUGCCUUCAGUUCUUUGCUUCCUGCUCACAUGUACAAGGUGGAUGUGUUGACUCAAAGUGGACUUGAUGACUUUCCCUCCACGAGCCACUCAGCCGGGCCUCUCCAGUUCUGGACAAGGCCUCUCCCCCCACAGAACCUCUCCUUGUCCCACGUGACCACCAACUCGGCUCAGAUCACCUGGAGCCGCCACCCGAGGCACGUCCCAGACGGCUUUGUGGUCAACGUGACCCGGGGACUGACCACCAGGAGCCGCUUCCUGCCCAGCGGCCUGCUGGAGUCCUACACCCUCCGUGAGCUGACCCCGGGCCAGCACUACCGCGUAGCCCUCACGUCUGUUAAGAAGGCAGGGCAGGAUCAGGUCCACAGCAAGCCCCAGCACCUGGACUUUACCACCUUGCCCAUGGAGGCCCGGUCUGGAAGAAGAGAGCGACCCAGCGGGACGGCACGAAAGCCGCCUGAGACCCAGGAGACGGGCGGCGUAUCGGCACCAAGGUACACAGAGCUGAUCGACAGGAGGGGGAAGAUCACCGCCAAGUUCUCACACUUGCCAAGAAAAGUCCUUCGCCAUCGAAAGAAACCUGAGCCGCUUGUUCGAUUGGAGAAGAUGGAGGAGACGACAAACAAAAUCAGCCUGGCAUUGGAGAUCCAAGAGGAGGCUUCCCAGACCCGGCCUGAGUCGGCCCAGGACUGUCGCAGUAUGCCGUGUUUGAACGGUGGGACAUGCAUGAGCGGAGGCGACUGCGAAUGCACCGCCGGCUACAAAGGCCGGCGGUGUGAGCUGCUGUGCCAGCGGGUGCCCCACCCGUGCACCCGCCUCUACUCGGAGACCAAGAGCGUACCCGUGUGGGAGGGCGGCGUCUGCCAUUACCUGUACAGAAGGACUUACAAGGUGCAGCAGGAUGUCUGCUACAGAGAAACAUGCCAGUCCACGCUGGCCAAGAAAAGUCAGGGCAGAAGAACCAGCAGGCAACAGUGAAGCACUCUGACACCUCCAGCCUUUCCAUUUGGGUGUUUAUAAUGUACUUGAAGUGACUGGUCAUGCUCUCGUUUAUGCUGCGGAACCCUGUCAGAACACACUGAAGAACCUUUCAGACUCAAGGAGUAAUCACGGCCAUGAAAAAUGCACCAUUCGUCAUUCAUCAAAUGCAUUUUUUUGACUGCCAGUUUUUUUCCCCCCUCUUUUGGAUAUGAGCGUCAAAUGGAUUCAUCUCCCCCCUUCGAGGACAGCGCAGUGUUUUCUGUGUAAAAUAUAUUUUUGUUGUUAUUAUUAUUAUGUAUUAGCAGGCGUCACUGCUCGGUAUGCUGUAAAUAGUGUUUAUAGGCCAUUUUG